AUGGGCCUUCUUACAAAUGUCAGUAUAGCAGGUACCAUUUCCACAAUGGUUGUACUGACAUGUAUUAUUGCUGUGAUCCAUUUGAUCAAUGAUUUGAACUCACUGUACGAUGAAAUUAUGAGCGAUACGCAAGAAAUCAAGGUCAUUAACGAGAAUGCAUGGAAUGGAAUGAUGCAGUUGCGGGCGGAGAAGCCAUCUAGAAGUGACAAAACCCAACCAAUUCAUCAAUUCUUUCUGCGCCAUAGCUUGAGGACAAAAAGAUCUUUUCCUGAUGAACAAUGUGAAUGUGGUCAAAGACCCAACAGAUGUCCACGCGGUAAACAAGGCCCACAAGGCGAAAAAGGAGAACCAGGAGGUCGACUUUGUUUUGUUGCCACUAUAUUUUCUCCUUGUACUAAUCAAAAUUACUUUUAUAAAUAUACCACUUCCAUUAAUUUAUUUGAAAUAUUUAUUAAUUCUAUUGCAGAACCAGGUGUGCCAGGCAUACAGGGACUCCCAGGUACUGAUGGAAUCAUCGCUGUUCUAAAUUUAACAGAAUUAGGAUGUGUCCGAUGCCCAGUUGGCCCGAGUGGACCACGAGGUCCCAAUGGACAGCCAGGUGAAAUUGGCUCACCAGGAAAUCCUGGAGUUGUUGGAGUGCAAGGCGAAGAUGGAAUACCGGGACCGCCAGGCCUGCCUGGUGAUGUCGGUAAACCAGGUAGUCAAGGUGAGCCAGGAAUUGAUGGCCCACCGGGAAGAAGCAAUAUAAGGUACAUCUCAAUACCCGGUGAUCAAGGUAUAACUGGUGAACGCGGCAGACCUGGAAAGCAAGGAGAGCGCGGAAGAGAUGGCUUUCGUGGAGGUCCAGGUGAAAUUGGACCAGCUGGACCAAAGGGUUUACCUGGAAGAAUCGGUAUACCAGGUUUACCAGGAAAACGAGGAAAGCCUGGAUUACCUGGGCCCCAAACUCGAUACUGUCCUUGUCCAGAAUCAUCAAUAUAA